CCUCAAGUUAGUGUCUUUUGUUUGCAUGUCUGCAACAAGAGGGAGAGCAUAUCUGCCAUGUUAACAGUCAAACAAUACAAUUAGAUAAAACCUUUAGUGUAAGUAAGUAUGCAGACUAUCUGAGCGGCUCUCGUGGACUUCUUCUCCGCUUCUCCUCUGGGCUGGUUGAGAACGAGGGCAGAGGGAGUGAGGCUCCUGAUGGGAGGAAGGGAAGGGGGAAGAUAACGAGGAGGAGUUGAGGAAGGAGCGACGGUUAUGUGGCAAAACUCUCCACUACUCUGACAACGGGAGCUGAAGAGUUGUUGGGUUGUUGUUUUUUUGUAGAAAGUGAGAUGGAGGGAGAGAAGGAGAGACAGAGGCAGCAGCGAGAGGAGAAGGAGAGCAACGAGGCCGAGGACGACAGGAGGAGUGACGAGGACGCCGACAACGAGGAGGAGGACGAAGAGGAGGAAGAUUCGGAGGGCGCGGCCCUGGUCUGGCAGGAGAACUAUGGCGAGGACAACCUGGGCCUUCCCAUCAUGCACUGGGAGGCGCUGAGCCUGCGCAUCGCUGAGCUGGAGAAGCAGGAGGAGGAGAUCAAGGAGAAGAGGGCAAAGAGUGGAGUUUCUCUGGAGCGAGGCAGAGCUCCGGUCAGCUGGACGGAGGAGAGAGGGAGGAGAGCGGAGAGCUGGGAGGACGGAGACGACGCCUGCAACAGCCACGUGCUGGCACUCACCUCCCGCCUGCAGACACAGAUGAAUCUUCAGCUCUGCUUCAUCAACAACAGUGAAAGUGAGGAGGAGGAGGAAGGAGAGAGGGAGAUCAGUGAGAAGGAGAGCAGCAGCACACGGAGAGGAACUGUUCAGGUCCAGAAGAAUCCUCAGCCUCCUGCCAAGCCAGAGAAACCCAAAUCCAGAGGCUUCCGGAACACUCUGAGGAACCUACGAGACCGACUGAGAACAGACCACAGAACUCUGGCUGCCGCUCGUAGUGAACCUGAAGUCCAGAGAAGACAUGUGGAGCGCAGUGAUUUAGAGAACUUCAGUAUGAAGGACCUGAAUGCUCUUUGUACGUCUCUCAGCCAGACCAUUCAAGACCUGAGCUCAGACCUGGUGGGCCGCCUGCAGGUCCGUGACCAGCUGAGGACGGAGCAGGACGCCAUGCUGCUGGAGGUCCAGGACCUGACCUCGCUGUGAACACGGCAACCGCUCCCGGUUGAAGUUCACCUGUUGAGAGGUCGGGGAGCGAUUGUGACCAGCAGACAUUUGAACAUUGUUGUGAAUCAGACGUCACCACAGUGGCCUCCACAAACAUCUCAGUCAGUCCCUCCUGCUGUCGGUCUGACCAGCCAAUCACUGUGAAGAGUGUCACUCCCUGAAAGGACAAGGACAUUCAGUUUUAAUGUUAUUGUCUGUGUUGUAUAUUGAUAAGGGAAAUGGUGGCUCACUAAAGGACCGUGUCCACCAGCAGUGGUUUAAAACUGGUGACAGAACCAGCUGUCAGAGCCGUAUGGUACGGUCAACCACUAAAACUGAGUUGGACACAACAUCCAGGAAGUGUAGUGGCCUUAAAGGAACACGCUGCCAGUUUUCUUUUCCUUCUAGAGGAUCAGUACCAGUUUCAUCUGGGUCAUGUUUAACACAGCUUAGAAGCAGCAGGUCUUUGGACUGUUCUGGACAAAGGGAGAUAAUACUAAUACGUGUCCGACAUAUUUAUUACCCAAUAGUCCAAUUGUUCAUUGAAAGGAUUCGUCCAGUGUCGUUGAAAGGCGGCUUCAUUUUCUAGAUCGGCCUUCCUCUCUUGAAGGUUUCGUGUGGUGUUUUUUUGACCACUAGAAGUGUUAUGAAGCAAUGUUUCCGUCAGCAGGUCCCCAUCCUGUUUGUGUCUGUACACUAGAGGGUGUGAUGUUACUACAAUAUGUACAAAAAAAGCAGGACAAUGUUUAGCCUUUUAAAAGCAGAUAGCAGAGCAAUACCGGUGCACUGACCGUUAAGGUGAACCAGCACUGUUCUCCUUUAUGAGAGUCGCUUCUCUGAGUUUUGCUCAUUUAUUUUUUUUAACAUUUCUUUUAAGUGUUUAACUGAUAUCACAGUUGAACGGUUAAUUAUUAACAAUCCUUUCUGCAAAGAACUAUGCUCUGUUUGUUCCAGGAAAACACAAUGUUGAAUGUUUAAAUGUCAACAACAAAGUUAUUGUUAGAACUGUAAAGGUAUUUUGGAGUACUAGUAUCAGUACUCCUUAUCGGCAAGAACUCAAAUGUAAGUACUUGUACUUGGUCUCCACUUGAACUGUGCAUCACAAAUCACAACAGAGAUUCCAGUCUGUAAAGUGAGGCUCAUCUUUUGUCAACACAAUGCUUUAGUACGUUGUUGUGUUUCUCAUUUUUUCUAAUGUCUUAAACCUGUAAUAUAAAAGGGACUCCUGUUCAGAAGCUGCUAAUUCUGCCAACCGAACAAUCUGUAUUUGUUUUCUACUUUGUGUAGUCAUUUUAUCUGACCUUUUUUAUUAUAAUUUUUUAUUCAUGUUUAUUUUUGUGUAGCUUUUUAACUAAAUGGGAUCUUAUGUACAACUAAUUAAGCACAUUUUUAUGUCCGUCACCUAAGUGCUUUUCUUUUAUAUAUAUAUAAAAGAAGAAAUUGUAAUCUUUUUUCAAUCAAUUAGUUUUGUUACAUUCUUGGCAGAAGUUCUUAAUAAUUAGCCUUAAACAAACACUAUACAAAUAGAGCUAGUUUGCAAUUAUUUUGUUGCUGUUAAAACAACCUCAAACUACUACAAUUUAAAAACUCAACACUUCCUGCACAUUCUGUAGCUUUCAUAUUUAACACCUUCUAAGAGCUUCAGGAAGUGUUGACUUGUAUUCACAGUAGCUUAACAGAUAACAGAUCAUUUUUAAAAAGUCAGCUGUUAUAUUGAAUGUACAGCACACAUUUAACAUAAAUACAAGGUACCCCUACUGUGGACCAAGAGGCUGGUAUUUCAAGCUCUUCAGGGCCUUGACCCAGCAAGACAACGCUGUUAGCACUUAACAGCUGAUGGUCAGCUCAGUGUGUCGAUUACAGAACACUCACCUUUAGUAUUUUGGAGAAAGAAAACAAUGAAUCUAAUUCCUGUCUCAUUCUAGAAGUCAGUGUUGACAUCGUCAUAAUGAUCACCGUCUUUCCCUUACCAUCAAGUUUUAAUUUCACCCAAUGGUGCCUCAAUAGUUUUAUUUAAAAGCACCAAUGUAAAGAAAUCAGAAAAGCAUGAAAAAUGUAUUGUCAUUGUUGUCUUGUAUAAAUCUGUGUAUUGUAAAAAUUCAAAGUCAAUUAACUUGAUGGGAUUGCAUGCACCUAUGCUGCGUUUUUUAAUUUUGGUGGUGGUUCGACCAUUUUGUUUACAUUUGAUAACAGAUUGUGCCUUUAGCUGAAUAAAGUGUUA